GCGCCUGUAUUCAAUUUGAAAAGAACGAACAACGUCAGGUAUAAAACUGAUCUGGAAUGGUCUGUCAUGAGUUUUGCUCCGAGUCCGUUCACCCCCAUGAGCAUCCGCAGCAUUCAGGAGCAGCGGGACCUCUGGGAGAGGAAGAGGAGCCACACGGCCCGUGAGCUAGUCCAGAGUGAACAAAGAUACUGCGAACAGCUAGAUCUGGUCGCCACGUACUUUGUGGAGAUCUUGAAGGCCAAAGGAACCCUCAGGCAGGACAUUAGAGAAAGCAUCUUCAGUUCAAUUAAAUCCAUUCAUUUAAUAAACCAGUAAGACCCUACUCAUCUAGAACUGGGGAGAUUUGGUUUUCACUUCUGUAAACAGUGUUAUCGCUAGCAUUAUCAAAUGUGCUCUACUGUUGUAUCAAGUUGUUUUCAUGGAAGCAGAUCUUUGAUUCAUGGUUCAUUUCCUUCUCAGGUUCAGGUGAAGAAAAGCAAAGCCUUCAGACGGUUUAAAAAGUUCAAUCAGCAGAAACUUGAGGAUUUGCUAACGCUUCCUCUUCAGCGCAUCCAUCAGUACAAGCAUUUCUUGAGGGACUUGACAGAGAACACCAGUCCAGACAACCCAGAGUUUCAGCGGCUUUCAAAGGCAGUGAAAGCCAUCUCAGAGGUUGCCCAGCAGAUCCAAGACAAUGCUCGCAGCCAUGAGAACCACCUGCAGCUGCGCAGAGUCCAGAAACAGCUGAAGGGCCGAAAGACCAGAAUCCUGACUCCAGGGAGGUGGUACAUUCGGGAAGGCUGGCUAAAGACAGUGCCCCCUAAAGGCACGGAGGCAAAACCCAAGAUGUUUUACCUGUUCUCUGACAUCCUGCUCCAGGCCAAACUAUGCAGUCCAAUACAUCCUACCAAUAGGGAUAAGUUUGCCUGCCAGCGAAUCUACCGAUUAAAGGAGUGCACAGUGGAUAAAGUCUUCGGCCACACCAAAAGCCAAGGAGGCCUUAUCAGUUUGACCUUUGCCAGGGCCAAACUUCUUCUAAUGUCCGAUGAUCAGGGGGACAUCAAUGAUUGGUACCGUAGCCUCUGUUUGGCUAUUGGGCAGCUGAACUCAAAGAAUACAGUGGUGCACAGAAGAGACGAGCUGCGUAGGAAGCCAAUCAGAUCGGAUCCAGACAGUCAGAACACUCCAGAACUACAGCAAACACGUGGAAUAAAAAGAACCAUGAUGUUGGAUGAAGAGGUUCGGGAACACAGAGAGGGUCACACCAGCAGUUCCAUCCCUUCAACUGGGGAAAGCGGCUACAGCGCCACCAAGAGGCUGAAGCCCAGUGAAGCUCCUGCUGCAAGUCCACAGGAGUCUUCUGGAUGGAGCUGCAUCAUACUGUGAGGAGGUUCAUGUUCUGAAAAGAGCUGAAAGAUAUGCCCACAGACGGAAGGUGCAGAGGUGAUUUAGGAUGAAUGCAAUGCAAUCUACAUCUACUACACUGCUGCAUUUUUUUUCCAUAUGCCAAAGAAUAUACCGCAAUGCAGGCUUAUUGCUUUUAAGCAUGUUUACUGUUGUUUUUAUACUGAGAUGUCUUACUAUUUAAAGUUUAAUUCAAUGCAGAAUCACUCAGUUAUCACCAAUAAUGGCCUAAAUCUAAUUAUAUAUAUA